ACAAGUUAAGUCAUCGAUUAUGAUUCCUGGAUUAAUUUCUUGCGAUUUAUUUUAACCAGAGUGAAGUUGUUGACUUAUUUUGUGCAAGGACAUGCUACUUAAUGUUUAAAAAUGUUUAAAAAAGAGAACAUUCGUAAAAACUUCUUGCGGGUCAAGCAGACAGCUGACCAAAAACUAGGAAGGAGUGAGAAAACUGAGGUGCUGUCAGAUGACCUUCAGACGUCAGAGAAGCGGGUGGAGCUUGUCAAACAAGUGUCCACAAACUCUCACAAGAAGAUCACAGCCAGUCUCCUGGUGUCUUCCACAUCAGCAUCUGAUCCUGAGAAAAGACUGAAAAAGAUGCCAGAGGCUGGUCUUGCUCACAGUAUGGUGGAGUCUGCUCAAGUGCUGAGUACUGAUUGUAUAAUGGGGCAGAUGUAUCAGAUGUGUGGGGAAUGUCAGUCAUCUCUGGCAAGAACUCACCUGGACUACGAACAGGAUGUUGAGACAAAUGUCCUCGGACCUAUACAAACUAUCAUAGAGACUGAUAUUCCAAACAUAUCUCGACUUAAGAAAGCACUUACCAAAGUUACCCUUGAUAUGGACUCGGCUAAAAGCAGAUGGCAGAGCGCAUGCCGUCAGACACAGACCCCUGGAGUGAACAUGUCAACUGCUGCCCAGAAAGUGGACACUGUUCGAGAAGAGCUGGAGGAAGCCCAGGGUCGUGUUGACCAGGCAAAGGAUGCCUACACAACGGGAAUGUUCAACUUCAUAGCAAAAGAAACGGAUCACUGUCAGAACCUGCUCACCUUGCUGGAAGCACAAUCCAGAUACCACGAACAAGCUUUAGCCAUAAUAAAAGAUGUGAUACCAAAAAUGCGUGAGUCUCUCACGUGUAACCCCACAAAGCCUGUAUAUGGCAUGUCGCUAGAGGAGCACCUGCGAGUGACAAACCGUGACAUCGCCACGGUGCUGGAGGCGUGUGUCUGCUAUCUUCUGGAAUAUGGGCUUGAGGAAGAGGGGCUUUUCAGAAUAGCAGGAAUGGCUUCAAAAGUAAAGAAAUUAAAAGCCUCAUUUGAUGCUGGCAUUGACCUUGACGACACAGGUGACCUUGACCCACACACAGUGGCUGGGGCCUUAAAACAGUACUUGAGGGAACUGCCUGAACCCUUGCUGACAUUUGACAAAUUCAACGAUUUCAUGGCUGCAGCUCAGCAGCAAGGAGAACAACAAAGAUUACAGGCAUUGUGGGUAGUUGUAGACCGUUUACCAAAGCCAAAUUAUGACAACUUUAGAUAUUUAGUGAAAUUCUUAUCCAAACUAAAGGAGAAGUCUGACAUCAACAAGAUGACCCCUGGCAAUAUAGCGAUUGUGAUAGGCCCAAAUCUGAUAUGGUCAGAGGGUGACAGCGGGCCCAACAUGAUGAACACCGGGAUUCUGAGCCUGAUAACAGAGUGGAUUGUCCAGCAUGCAGACUGGUUCUUCCCAGGGGAUCAGGAUUUUCAAUCGGUCCAGAGGAAUUGCGCCCCAGAGCAUCAGGCUUCCACGAAACCCCCAGUGCCCAUGAGGCCAAACCCUUCCUCCAGAGAGGUCAAAUCAGUUGCCAUACCGAUGACCUCCCAGCUAGUGAAGACCCCCCAUAGGUUAAGGUCACAGAGCGCCACAGGUCAGGUGUGCACUGCGGCGUUCAGUGCUGUGCUAGGACCUGUAUCUGGCCAACAGUACAGCCAAGAUUCAUCUUCCAGUGAUUCAACAAGCCUCUCUGAAUCAUCACCGCAGAUGAAGGAUUAUGAAAAUGCAGACACCCUGGAGAGAAGAGGUAGCGCAGAUCAAUAUGCAACAGCCAGAGGUGAUUUAGGAAUGUCUAGUGAAACACCAAACUCUGCAACGGCAACUCCUACUAACAAACGCAGCAACCCUGUCAUAACUCCUUUCAAUCCCAAUGAGAGAUAUAAGUAUAAGAAGGCUAGCACAAAGAAAAGCCCUGCUCCUGCACCAAGAGCAGAAUCAGUCCCAAAAGAAUUGCCACCAAAACAGCCCCCACCUGGCUCUACUUCUUUGCAGAAUGUGCAUUCUGAAAUGUAUAGCACGGCAUUCGCUCUUCAAUCUCUUGAUGAUGGGGGAAAUUGGCCAUCCUAUCUUAACACAGUGCGCACAAUGUGGGAUGAUAAGCUCCAAACAAAUGGAAAUGGCGGGAAGGGUGAUAGUCUGACAUGCAAAGAAGGUCAAGGUCAUUCAAGGUCAGAUCAGGACAUCAACUUUCAAUACUCCGGAGAGAGCAGUUCUAACCUGAACAUGUCGUCAGAUUCAGCUGAGCAUUACCCUCUAGCCAGGACCCCAUCCAAUCAAUCAGGUUCCUCUGUUGGCACGCCCUACUCUAGUCCACCGGCCAAUCAGGAGCCAGCAAUUGCUAAUAAGACCCAGGUGACCCCACCAGGCCCUGUAACCCCACCAGAUGGUUCCCGGUCUCCUUCUGUAUCCCCUGCUUCCAGUAACAACAAUGUGGCUGGUGCCCCUCUUGCUGAGAGGGAUUCAGGCUGUUUUGACUCCCGAUUGUGUAAGUCUAUCACCCAUGGUGUGCAGUUAGAUCUCGGAAUUUAUAGUCAUAGCUCGGAAGUUUUACAGGGAAUGCUUCAGCUUUUAUUACCUCAUCUGUUGUUGUUGUUUUUAAGACAGAAGUCCAGAUAUUGUCAAAGCGUUGGUUGCAGUAGCUAUGAUGGAAGCGUUGGCGGCGUCAGGGGCCUUGUACUACAGCUUUAACUUUUGCCUUCACCUCAAAACCCUUUACAGAUAUUCACAUGAAACUUGGUACACAUGCGCAUAGGUCCGUAACACUGGCUUUGAUAAAUAGUUUAGUUAUGCCCCUUCAUCACUUUAAAAAACAGACAAGCGCUUGUAUACACUUGCAAAGCUCAUUUUUAUAUUGAUAACAUUUACAGAAUUUAAUCAUUGGGCCUAUUGUUCAGAACUUUGUUCAAGUUAACAACGUGAAUAACUACUUUGUUUGUUAAAUUUAAACUUAAAAUAUUUGAUGAUAUGUAAACAUAUUCAAAUAAAACAAGUACAGCUGAAACAUGCAUCUUAAACACUGGUAUGUACACUGUAGAUCAUGACUGUCUAUCCAUUAAACUACAGGAGCAGCAGCAAUUUGAAAGUGAACAACGAUGUCGUUUAUCCCGUUGUUAACUUUAACAUCGUUCUAGACAAUCAGGCCAUUAUUAUUUUACAGCUGAUAUUUCAUUGCCAUGCUUCGCUUUGUAAAAUAUUAUUAAUAAAUGUAUGCUACUGGAUCACCUUGGGAAAACUUGUGGGAAAUUAUACUUGCAGUAUUAUGUUCAACUACUUUCACGAUUAUUUGUGUACAUACUUACCUACACACUUAAAGUAUCUUCUUUCUUGGAAUAUUUAUAAUACUAACAUGUAACCAUGUACAUUUUUGGGUAACUUAUUGAAUACAAUUAUGCCAUGAUAUAAUGUAUGGUAUGCUUAAAAUAAUUAUUAAAUUUUGAUACACAGCAUUGGUGUGGUAAUCUUUGAGUGGUGAUUUUAUGAAGUCAGUUUUGUGCACAUUUCUAUCCUGUUAUUAUUUUAGUUUAAGAGUCAACUGGUGCUCUUACAUUAGCUAUAUUAAUGAUACUACAUGAAAUUGUAUAUUUAUUUUUUUAAAUUGUGUACUGUUUCCUAUUUGUAUUUUUUUUUUCUCAAAAAAAUCAGGCUCAUACGGUAAUAUUAACAUAAUUUUAUUUUUUGCAAACCAAACUUAAAUGAUUUUUUUUAGCAUUUAAUUAUUUUGUUAUACGUUGUACAGGGAUUUGAAAGCCUAUUUUGUUUGCUUAUUAACUGAACAACAGGUAUUAGCUUAGCCUCACAUCUACUGAGCUAACCUUAUACAUGUAAAUGCUUGAAUGCUUAAUUUGCUUGGAUCAGAGCUGUACCAAGCUUUCAUGUAGCCACUGUUAUGUCCUCUCUUACCUGAUUUUCUACUCUUCCUUUAAUUUUUUGUGAUGUUUUUGAUGCAUUUCUUCAUUUUUGAAUGAUCGUUGUUAGACUUUCCAUUCUUGAUUAUCCGUAAUUUAUAAUUUGCUCAUUUUGAUUUUCACUUUCUUAAACAUAUAUUCCGGUAUGCUUACUUCUUCAUACUAUUUAAGUCAAGGGAGGUAAAGAAGAAAAGUUUAGUUUUUAAAAAAUAUUUCAUCUUUCACUGACUCAUUAUGGAUUGUAACAGUUGAGAGUGAAGCAUUUAUACAGGUGGUCUGGAUUGUGGAAAUUCAUACCAGUGGUCUGGAUCGUGAAACUCAAUGUAGUUGAAUUAUUUUUCUUACAUUUUUUAACAAAUAACUAACAGCAUCUGCAUGGUAGAUACUUGUUCAAACAGAAUUUUGUUAAUCAAAAUCUAAAUUAUCCUUUUUCAAUACCAUAACUAACAUUCUUCGGAAAAAUUGGGAAUUUUCGGUCAGUUUUAGAUAAAUAUUAAUAUCAGAGCUGAAAUAUUAUCAUGUAGCAUUUUUUACAUCCAACUAUAAAACUUGAACAAGGUCCUUUAAUUCUAACCCUUGAAAGUUGUUGAAUAGAGUAGUGAACUGCAAAAACAAUGAAGAACUAAUGAUGGAUGAAAUAUCUCAAGACAAACAAUUGAAAUCUCCUGCUGUAUUACAGAAGUUUGUUGGUAGUGGCAUGUCAAGUGUGUUUGCUUGCUUUUCAGAGUUGAACAAUUCCGGCCUUCCAUAAGUAGGCGACCAUCUGUUCCACCGAAAGUGCCGCCAAAGAGAUAGCAUUCCAGCUUUGCUAGGACUUAAAACAUGUAUUGAUUCAUUCCAUUCUUGCUGUAGCAAGUGCUUAGAAUUUUAUUUUAGCUAUUCACAUCUCAUAUGAAAACAAGCUUAAAUAAAACUUGUCUUCAUUUUAGGUAUGGAGAAGAACUUUUGAGUUUUAUAUAACUAUGAUAUGUACAACAACUGAUCUUGUCAACUUCCUAUUAAACAAUGGCAUAGAAUGGCUCAAAAUAGUGUUAAAAAAGAUGCAGGACCUUUUUGAAUAUUCAGGCAUAUUUUUUUUUCAUCUGUUUCUAGAACAAGUUGAUCGGCAAAGAAAUAAGCCUUGGAUAUAACUCUAAAAAAAACAUUUAAGAUAUUCAAAUGAAACUUGGUACACAUGUUGCCCAUGAGUAUUUGGACAUGUAAAACAAGACUUGAUGGCUUUAAUAUUGUUGAGUUAUGCCCCUUGAUUGACUAGAAGAAAAACAGAUGAGCAUUUGCGUCCACUCCACGGUAUUCUUGAGUAUUUUGUUAAUAAAUAACUUUCUUUUAAACUGUGAAGAUGCAUGGCUAUAACGGAUCAUUUGCAUGCUUUUAUCAACUCCAUGUUGCGUUUAAUCAUACCAUAGCUUCAUUUAUCCAUAUCAGCAUAAUGCACUUUGUUGUGAUGCAGUUAUGAUGUGAUGCAGAUACGUUUACGGCCAUUGCCAUAAUUUGAAUGAGUUUGUUUCUUCAGCAUUUCUUUUUUAUGGAAUUAAAUUAAUGGAAGCUAUAAAUGAGGCUUAACUACCUCCUCCCCUCCCUUGAACCAUUUCAUUACUCUUCAUUUAUGUCGCCAUAAUGUUUAAGAAAUCAACCACAGGUAGUAACAGAAUAUUGUAGCCAUGGGCGUGUUAUGAAAACGCGGAGAGAAUGAAGGAGUGUUUGUUAUGGAGAGGGGUGUAACACCCUCCCCUGUGUUGAAUAUCUCUUAUACAGACUUUUUAAAACGCAUUUAACAACAUACAAGUUUGUCUGUUUUGCAAUAGUCGCUUACUAUGUCAUUAUUGUGCUUCUCCAUCAAAUGAAUUGUUUAUUAUAUUUCACUAAAUUUAAUCAAACAUACAAGACAAUGUUAUGGUAGUCAGUCAGGGGUUGUUUCAUAUUUCAUUCAAUAUUUGUUAAUUUUUAAAAAAAAUAAUUCCAAAUUUUAGUCAUUUUCUCUGUUUGUUAGUGCUCAACUUAUGCCAGUAUUUAAGUAAAAAACACAGUUUAGCAAACAAAACAAAUUAUAAAUUUUAGCUGAAUGUGACUUUCCUAUAGAUUUAAGAUUUGUGAAAUUACAAUCAAGAUGCUUUAAAGAAACGGCCCCCUGGUACCUCCGUCAUUUUGGGCAAUAGUGCAAUUUUUACCUUUUUUUUGCCUUACAAAACUGUAACAUUGAUGUGGAUAAUCAAUAGGAAAUGGUUUCUUCACCCUGCUUGUUUGUAUAACACUAUCAUCUCAUUAAAGAUAGUUUUGUAAUGAUUUUGGUAAGGAUGUUUUUGUCAAGAAAACUGAAGCCUUCUUGUCAAUACAUAAAUCUGACCCUUUAUUGUGCUUAAACGAUUAAUGUGCUAGUUUAAUAGCUUUGUCUUUAUAAGCUGAUUGUACAGGAAAUACACAAAUAAUUAUAUUAAAUUGAAAGUGAUUUCAAUUACACAAUUAUAUUCUCCAUGCAAUGUUUGGCAAUUUAAGACUAUCACUCUAUUAACUUAUAAAGCCACAACUUAUAUAUUUCAUUAAUGAAUUAUGUACUGGGGUAAAGAAAAUCUGUUCAAUGUCAAGUUUUGAAACUGUUUUGUGGCAGCAUUUUCAUAAACUGGCAAAGAACAGUGCGUUAUUUAUUUGCUACCAAGUUAGAUUGUUAAAACUUUGAUGUUUAUUUUUUUACAAGAAUGGGGUUGGUCUAUAUGUGAAAUUUGUUCACCCUGCUUUGAUACAAGUGAUGAGAAUUAAAAAAAAAAUGUAAACAUUUAUUAUGUGCUAAUUGAUGAACAGAAACUUCAUGGGAAGUUUUUGUUAAGGGAAGUCUGUUUAAGCAGGUGAAUUGUACAUAAAAACUGCAUGAAACUUCUCAAUUCAUGUAAAAUAACACUUUUCUUGGAUGAACUUUUUGAUAACUCUGCUAAUGUUUUAUUAUUAUUAUUAUUAUUACAAAUAUUUCAGUUAUGACACAUAAAAUGUUGUGUUAAUACAAUGUAGAUUGUAUUGACUUGUGUUGACUGUUUUCUUGUUACGAUUCUGUUUGCCAUUAUUGAUAUGUUAGAUGAGUCUAAUAAGUUAACAUGGAACUAUCCAUUCAUUUGUAUUUGAAUUUUCCUUACAUACUUGAAAUUAAAUAGCUUUUACAAAUUA